GGCGCUGCCGGAGGCGCUGCGUGCGCGGCGCUCCCGCGGCCCGGCCGGCCCGGGGUGGGCGCGGAGCCUCAGGGCGCUGUGCAGGGCCAGGUAAAGGGGCCCUGAGGGGGCGCGGGGCCGCGGGAGGGACGUACGAGGAUGUGUCCCGAAGUGCUUGACCUGUAAUACAGAGAUCUUCCAGAAUGCUGGAGUCCUAUGUAACUCCUAUUUUGAUGAGUUAUGUGAAUCGCUACAUAAAGAACUUGAAGCCUUCAGAUCUGCAGUUGUCACUCUGGGGAGGAGAUGUUGUGCUUAGUAAACUUGAAUUGAAGUUGGAUGUACUUGAACAGGAGCUGAAACUGCCAUUUACUUUUUUAAGUGGGCAUAUUCAUGAGCUUCGGAUUCAUGUGCCAUGGACGAAACUGGGAUCAGAACCAGUUGUCAUCACUAUCAAUACAAUGGAAUGCAUCUUGAAGUUAAAGGAUGGGGCUCAGCAGGAAGACCACGAAAGUUGUGGUUCCAGUUCAACAAACCGCAGUACCACAGAGAGCAUGAAAUCAGCAGUAAAAUCACGACGAGUUCAGCAGUCUGCUUCUCCUGACCCUGAUUUACCUCCAGGUUACGUGCAGAGUUUGAUUCGGCGUGUUGUAAACAAUGUCAACAUCGUGAUCAACAAUCUCAUAUUAAAGUAUGUGGAAGAUGAUAUUGUUCUCUCAGUCAAUAUCACUUCUGCAGAAUGCUAUACAGUGAAUGAGUUUUGGGAUCGAGCAUUUAUGGACAUCUCUGCCACAGAUCUGGUACUGAGGAAGAUGAUCAACUUCUCUGACUGCACAGUAUGUCUUGAUAAGAGAAAUGCUAGUGGUAAAAUCGAAUUUUACCAGGAACCUCUGCUGUACAAAUGUUCCUUCAGGACUCGUCUGCAUUUUACUUAUGAUAACCUCAACUCCAAAAUGCCAUCAAUUAUUAAAAUUCACACAUUAGUUGAAAGUUUGAAACUUUCAAUCUCUGAUCAGCAGCUUCCUAUGUUUAUACGUAUAAUGCAGCUUGGGAUUGCUCUGUAUUAUGGAGAAAUAGGCAACUUCAAAGAUGGGGAAAGUGAAGAUUUGAUUUGCCACACUAAAGAUAUGUUGGGAAAUAUCACAAGCACAGAAGAUGAAGCAAGCUCAGUAAUGCAGUAUCCUGCACAGUACAUUAGUCAAGAUCCUUAUUUGCAUCAAGAUGAUGACCAGCAACAAGGAUGGGUUUCCUGGGCUUGGUCUUUUGUUCCUGCUAUUGUGAGUUAUGAUGAUGAAGAGAAUGAUUCGGGUGGAAUCGAUGAUGGAACAGGAGAACAGCAGAAGUCUCAGUCCCUCAAAGAUCCUAUUAUUUCAGUGGGUUUUUAUUGUACAAAAGCAACAGUGACUUUUAAGCUCACUGAAAUGCAAGCUGAAAGUAGUUAUUACAGUCCUCAAAAAGUAAAAUCCAAAGAAGUUAUAUGCUGGGAACAAGAAGGAACAACAGUUGAGGUCCUUAUGAAAGGUGAACUUUUUUUUGAUUGCCAAAUUGGUUUUGUUGGUUGCCAAGCUAUGUGCCUUAAAGGAAUUAUGGGAAUUAAAGAUUUUGAAGAGAACAUGAAUAGGAGUGAUGAAGAGGCAUACUUCUUUAAUUGUGGAGAAAAUUUGAGCGUGAAAGGAAUGACAUACCUUACCAAUUCACUGUUUGAUUACAGAAGUCCAGAAAAUAAUAGUAUUCGUGCAGAAUAUAUAUUGGAUGCAGCUCAUCAUAAGGAGACAUACACAGAGAUAGCCGGAAUGCAGAGGUUUGGGGCUUUCUACAUGGAUUACUUGUACACAAUGGAAAGCACCAGUGGCAAAGUUUCUGGGAAUCAGCAAGACCUUUCUUCAGUAAAGAGUGAAGAUUUUGGAAAUGUUCAGGAGAUGUCUACAAAAAGCCUCAUUGUGGGUCCGCUCAAUCUUCGACUGGAUAGCAGCGCAGUACACCGGAUCAUGAAAAUGAUAGUUUGUGCUCUGGAACAUGAGUAUGAACCAUACAGCAGAACUAAACCAGAUAUUAUGGAUGGAAGUAGAACUAUGCCAAGCUCAGAAGAAGUAGCAUCACUGGAGGAAUACAUUCCCACUAGACUUACAACGUUCACUGUUCUUAAGUGUACAAUUAUAAUCCCUGUGGCAGAAUUCAAUUUACUAGACCACUUGCUGCCCAUAAUCAUGGGUGAGAAGAACUUCAGUGGACUAUUAAAUGCUGCAAAUUUCCAGCCCCUGCGGCCUUUACCUUCCAUCCGAAUUUUGGUGGAUAAGGUUAACCUGGAGCACUCAGUGCCCAUGUAUGCUGAGCAACUGGUGCAUGUGGUCAGCAGCCUCGGCCAGCCGUCUGACAACCUGCUUCAUUACUGUUACUCACACUGCUAUCUGAAGAUAUUUGGUUUUCAAGCAGCGCUGACUUCUUUGGACAGCAAAGGAUUAUACUGCAUCCCUGUUCCAGUUAUCCCCUCAUUCAGUACUGCUGUUUAUGGCAAGCUGAUCAAGUUCCCCAAAUAUUGGACCAAGCGAGCUCAUGUCCCUCUAACAGAAUGCAUUUUCGAGCUCCCUAAUUUGACAAUUCAAGCAACUAGAGCUCAAACCCUUCUGCUUCAAACUAUUUAUCAGAGCUGGUGUCAUCCUGUUGGCAAUGUCAGUUCAGUGAUGGUAAAUGAAGCUUUACUGAAUGAGGUUUUCCGAACUUCAGGUGCGAAAUCUAAGAAUCCCCUGCCAACUCUUGAGGGCUCAAUCCAGAAUGUUGAAUUGAAGUACUGCGGCACAUCAUUGGUCAAAUGUGCCUCUGGGACCGUGGGAUCAAUAAAAAUUUGUGCCAAAGCCCCAGGUGAUGGUGGAAAAGAGAAGCUGGUUCCUUUAAUUCAAGGCCCUUCUGACACGAGAGACUUACACAGCAGUAAAUGGCUCAAUGAGAGUAGAAAGCCAGAAUCUCUCUUAGCUCCAGAUUUGGUAGCCUUUACAAUCCAAAUUCCACAGUAUAUGGACUACUGCCAUAAUUCUGAAGUCACAUCUGAAAGAGAAAAUUCUAGGUGUUGCCCUGGUCUUGCAACCACUUCAGGUGCUGUUCUCUUGUCCAGUGUAGAAGGAUUAGCAAUUAAUGUUGAUCCAGUCCUGUAUACAUGGCUUAUCUACCAACCUCAGAAACGAGUUAGUAGACACAUUCAGCAGCAGUCUGUAGGAGCUGUUCCACUUGGUGUGUCAGUAACUCGAAAGAAAGAGGAUGAAGCAUCAGUUGGAAGUGCACCUUUGGCAAGGCAGCAGUCAAAUCAAGCCUCUGAGUAUGCCAGCAGUCCUGUCAAAACAAAAACAGUAACAGAAUCUCGUCCUUUGUCACUCCCUGUGAAAACUGUGCUGAACUCAUCUGAAAGCUGCAGAAGUCCUGAGGAAAGAAUGAAAGAAUUUAUUGGAAUAGUGUGGAAUGCAGUUAAGUGCCUUACACUUCAGCUUGAAGUGCAGUCUUGUUGUGUAUUCCUUCCGAACGACAGCCUGCCUUCUCCAAGUACUAUUGUGUCAGGUGACAUUCCCGGGACUGUGCGAAACUGGUACCAUGGGCAGGCCAGUAUGCCUGGCACACUGGUUGUCUGCUUGCCCCAGAUAAAGGUUAUGAGUGCUGGACACAAACACAUGGAACCAUUGCAAGAAAUCCCAUUUGUUGUGCUGAGACCCAUCCUAGAAGAAGGUGAUGCUUUUCCAUGGACAAUUAGUCUGCAUCAUUUCAGUAUAUAUACUCUUCUUGGACAACAAAUGACACUUAAUUUGGUAGAACCAAUGGGCUGUACUUCUACUUUAGCUGUGACUUCACAGAAACUGCUUGCUUCAGGACCAGAAUCCAGACACUCAUUUGUUGUCUGCCUCCAUGUCGACCUAGAAUCACUUGAAAUAAAAUGCUCCAACCCCCAGGUGCAGCUUCUGUACGAACUGGCUGAGAUCACAAGUAAAGUUUGGAAUAAAAUUCAGAGGAAAGGAGUUCUAUAUCAGUCUGUAUCUUCUGUCUAUACUGAAACUAUGACAGGGCCUGCUCCUCCUAGUUCUCCAGUUAAAAGUAGCAUUGGUACCAUUCCACCAGAUACCAGCACAUACAGUCCAUCUGCUGACAUUGGAACUACUACAGAGGGUGAUUCUCUUCAGGGUGGUGAUGAUUCUCCAUUCUCAGACUCCAUUACAUUGGAACAAACAACAAGUAAUAUUGGAGUCUCAAGUGGACGUGUCAGCCUAUGGAUGCAGUGGAUGUUGCCAAAAAUUACUGUAAAAUUGUUUGCUCCUGAUCCUAGAAAUAAUGGCACAGAAGUCUGUAUUGUCAGUGAAUUAGAGGAUCUCAGUGCCUCAGUGGAUAUGCAGGACGUCUAUACCAAAAUCAAAUGUAAAAUAGAAAGCUUCAAUAUUGACCAUUACAGAAACAGCCUUGGGGAAGAUUCUUGGUCUCUGGGGGAAUAUGGAGGUGUGUUCCUUUCCUGUACUGACAAGCUGAACAGACGUACCUUGUUGGUUCGACCUAUCAGCAAGCAGGAUCCUUUCAGCAACUUCUCUGGCUUCUUUCCCUCUACAACUGCAAAACUUUUAGAUGGUUCACACCAGCAACAUGGAUUUCUUUCUCUCACUUAUACCAAAGCUGUGACAAAAAAUGUCCGGCACAAACUGAUAUCAAGAAACGAACGAAGAACAUUCCAUAAGCUGUCAGAAGGUCACACUGAUGGUUCUCCUCAUUUUCUCCAUGAGAUCCUUCUCUCGGCUCAGGCCUUUGAUGUGGUUCUCUCUUUUCCUUUGCUAAAUGCAAUUGCAAGCAUUUUUCAAGCCAGGUUGCCAAGGAGUCAAAAGGAGAAAAGGAAGUCACCAGGCCAGCCAAUGAGGACUCAUGCUCUGACUUCCCGCAACUUGCCUCUGAUUUAUAUCAACACAGGAGUAAUAAGAGUCUUCUUUCCUAAAAACGAGGAAGAUCAUCAUAUUGCAGAAGCUAAUCCAUCAAUUAAAGAAGACACUUUGGUUCUCAAGAUUGGAUCUGUCUCUAUGGCUCCUCAGGCUGACAACCCUCUUAGUAGAGCUGUGCUCAGAAAAGACAUUUAUCAGAGGGCACUAAAUCUAGGAAUUCUUCGAGACCCUGGAUCAGAGGUUGAAGACAGACAAUAUCAAAUAGAUCUUCAAUCUAUCAACAUUGGUACUGCUUAUUGGAAUCAGUUGAAACCAGAGAAGGAAAAUGGAAAAGGAGGGGUUUUGACAGAGACUGAGAGAAAUUCUCAAAAUCCAGCACUUGAAUGGAACAUGGCCAGUAGCAUAAGACGGCAUCAGGAAAGGAGAGCUAUUUUAACUCCAAUUUUAACAGAUUUCACCGUUCGAAUCACUGCAGCUCCUGCGAUUAUUUUCACAAAAAUUGAUGCUGCAGAGAAUUUACACCCAGAGGAAAUUUUGGUCUGUGGUCAUUCUUUGGAAGUGAACAUGACAACAAAUUUGGACUUCUUCCUCAAUGUGGCACAAGUGCAACUUCUUCAGCAUCUGGUACAAGCUAAUAUGGUUGGACUGGAACCUUCCAGUAGCACCACUGAGGUUUCCAAGCAAGAACAGAAGAAGAUGGAUGUGGCUGAUGGAGGAACAGUUGAGACUUCUUCCCGUUAUAGCGGGGCACAGGACAGUGGAAUUGGCAGCGACAGCGUUAAGAUCAGAAUCAUUCAGAUCGAGCAGCACAGUGGCACCAGCCAGCACCGCAUUGCCCGUCCUUCCCGCCAGUCUUCCAUCGUGAAGAAUCUCAACUUCAUCCCCUUUGACAUUUUUGUUACAUCAAGUCGAAUCUCAUUGAUGACGUACUCGUGCACUGCCUCACCUAAGGCAAAAUCAGUGCAAGAUCAGAAAGAUGGUGAGAAGAUAAGUAAAAGCUCCUUGAACCUUCCAGAAACAGUCUCAGGCAGCAGCCAUGAUAUCAAGAAGCCCAGUCAGCCAUGCAUCUCUUCUGUCACAGCAGACGAUCUUUUGAACAGCAACCCUCCCCUGUCUGCUGGGAGAAAAACAGGUCUUUUGUCCCUGGAAAGUCUGCACGCUUCCACAAGAUCAUCUGCUCGACAAGCCCUGGGCAUAACUAUUGUACGGCAGCCUGGGCGCAGGGGAACUGGGGACAUCGAGCUACAGCCGUUUCUCUAUCUGGUUGUGUCACAGCCCUCUGUGCUGCUCAGCUGCCACCACAGAAAGCAAAAGGUAGAAAUAUCAGUGUUCGAUGCUGGCCUUAAAGGAGUUGCCUCAGACUACAAGUGUACAGAUCCUGGGAAGACAUUACCAGAAGCUCUGGAUUAUUGCAAGAUUUGGUUGCAGACAGUAGCAGGAGAGGUAGAUGCUAAAAGUGGGAUUCCACCUCCUCUUAUCACUGUGCAAAUUAAAGACUUCCUUAAUGGACCAGCUGACAUAAAUGUAGACAUAUCAAAACCUUUGAAAGCAAAUCUCAGUUUUGCCAGGCUUGACCAAAUAAACCAAUUCUUGAAGAAAAUCAUAACCACAAAUGAAGAUGUGCCGAGGAAGGAGGCUGCUUCAUCUGCUGGCAUUAUUCCAGAUGAGGAUGUCACUUUGAUAUCCAGACACCCCAGUACAAAGGACUUUCUACCUGCAGUGCACACCAACACUGUGCAAAAGGCUUCAACGCAAGAAAAUUUGUGGCAAGCCCUUUCCUGCUUCCAGAAAAUUUCCAUUCACACCGUUCAGAUGGUUGUUUUGAUGGAAACCAUCCCACACCCCAGUAAACCUUGUUUGUUGGUCUCUUUCUCAAAUCUCAGUGGGAGCCUGAAUAUUAAAAGUGGACAUAAAACUGCAGGAAUCCAUGGAUCAUCUUUAGUCCUUGACAUAAAAGAUUUCUUACUUAAAACAAGUCUCAAAGAAAGAGCAAAAUCUCUGAUAGGCCCUUUUAGCUGCUCUGUUAAUGUGGAAGCCAAGUGGUGUAAGCACAGUGGUGAUCCUGGCCCAGAGCAAUCUGUUCCAAAAAUCUACAUUGACUUGAGAGGAGGACUGCUGCAGGUUUUCUGGGGUCAAGAGCAUUUGAACUGUUUAGUUCUUCUCCAGGAGCUUCUGUGGCAAUACCUGACUAAAAAGGGCAGUGUAGAGACAUUGAUACCUGAACAUAAAUACCCCACUUGUUUUUCUGCGGAAAGGAAUCAGGCCUCAAAAACUGAACAUACCUCAGAUGAUCUGAGAACAGGCCUGUUCCAGUAUAUACAGGAUGCAGAAGCACAAAAGCUGCCCAGUGCCUAUGAAGUUGUGUUUUACAAUGAAACUGAGGAUAGUCCAGGAAUGAUGCUAUGGAGAUAUCCAGAACCCAGAGUGCUCACACUUGUAAGAAUUAACCCUGUUCCUUUUAACACCACUGAAGACCCAGAUAUUAGCACUGCUGACCUUGGAGAUGUUCUUCAGGUUCCUUGCAGCUUGGAGUACUGGGAUGAGCUUCAGAAAUCAUUUGUUGCAUUCCGGGAAUUCAGUCUAUCAGAAAGCAAAGUCUGUGAUCUGCAGCUGCCCAGUAUCAGCCUUGUGAAUGAUCAGAAGGAGCUCAUAGCCUCUGACCUGUGGAGAAUUGUCCUCAACAGCAGCCAGAACGUGGCUGAUGACCAAAGCUCAGAAAGUGAAUCUGGCUCCCAAAGCGCGUGCGAUCAGCUUGUGACCCCCACGGCAUUAGCAGCUUGUACCAGGGUUGACUCCUGUUUUACUCCUUGGUUUGUGCCAUCACUAAGUGUGUUGAUCCAGUUUACCUGUUUGGAAGUCCACCUAUGCCACCAUCUCGAUCAACUCGGCACAGCACCACCAAAGUUUCUUCAGCCAUUUUUAUCUGAUAAGAACAUGCCAUCUGAACUAGAAUACAUGAUAAUUUCCUUUGAUGAGCCUCAUGUAUAUCUUCGUCAGUGGAACGAUGAGUCAGUGUUCCAGGAGAUCCAGUUUUCGACUCAAGCUGACUGUAAACUUCUGGAGUGUCGAAAUGUGACCAUGCAGAGUGUUGUGAAACCUUUCAAAAUCUGGGGGCAGAUUGCUGUUUCCAGCAGCACAGCAGGAAGGCUGCUCGACUGCACGAUAAUGGUUGACCCUGUUUUCAUCAGCUUUGGCCAAUAUGCACUUCAUUCUCUAAAUACAGCAAUUCAAGCUUGGCAACAGAACCGAUGCCCUGAGGCAGAGGAGUUUGUCUUCAGCCAUUUUGUGAUCUGUAAUGACACCCAGGAGACGCUGAGGUUUGGCCAGGUGGAUACUGAUGAGAAUAUUUUGCUGGCUACUCUCCACAGCCACCAGUACAGCUGGCGCUCGCACAAGUCCCCACAGCUGUUACACAUCUGUAUUGAAGGCUGGGGAAACUGGCGGUGGUCUGAGCCAUUCAGUGUGGACAAUACAGGAACCUUUAUUCGCACCAUUCAGUACAAGGGCCGGACAGCAUCGCUUAUUAUCAAGGUUCAGCAGCUCAGUGGAGUGCAGAAGCAAAUCCUAAUCUGUGGAAGACAGACAGUCUGUAGUUACCUUUCUGAAAGUAUUGAACUGAAAGUGGUUCAGCAUUACAUUAGUCAAGAUGGACAGGCUGUUGUUAAAGAACACAUCAACUGCCUUGCAGCCAAGCAGAAAUUGCCUUCGUAUAUCCUAGAAAACAAUGAGCUCACUGAGCUGAGCGUGAAAUCUACAGGAGAUGAAGACUGGUCCCAAGACGUAUGUCUAAGUUCUAAACACACAGAACACAGCACUGUCAUUCAGGUACCAUCUUCAAAGAGUUCAAUUACAUAUGUGUGGUGCACAAUUUUGACUUUGGAGCCAAAUUCACAUGUGCAACAGCGAUUAAUUGUUUUCAGCCCUCUUUUCAUUGUAAGGAGCCAUCUUCCAGACCCUAUUAUCAUACAUAUAGAGAAAAGAAGCCUGGGACUGAAUGAAACACAAAUGAUCCCAGGGAAAGGACAAGAGAAAGCACUGCAAAAUAUAGAACCUGAUCUUACACACCACCUGACUUUUCAAGCCAGGGAAGAAGAUGAUCCAUCAGAAUGUGCAGUCCCUAUCUCAACCACUCUGAUUAAACAGAUAGCGACUAAAUCCCAUCCGGGUGGCAACGUCAGCCAAGUGCUCUCCGAGUUCUAUGGCAUUGCUAGUCCUCCCCAGCCUGCAUGGCCUUAUAAUAGGAAGGAUUCAGACAGCAAUGAACAGCUCUCCCAAUGGGAUAGUCCAAUGCGGGUAAAGCUGUCAGUGUGGAAACCGUGUGUUAAAACUCUGCUGAUUGAACUCCUGCCCUGGGCAUUGCUUAUCAAUCAGUCCAAGUGGGACCUCUGGCUGUUUGAAGGAGAGAAGAUUCUUCUUCAAGUACCUAGCGGGAAAGUAAUUAUACCUCCCAACUUCGAGGAAGCUUUCCAGGUUGGAAUAUACUGGGCAAACACUAAUACUGUGCACAAAUCGGUGGCAAUUAAACUGGUUCAUAAUGUGACUUCCCCAAAAUGGAAGGAUGCCGAUAAUGGGGAAGUAGUAACAUUGGAUGAAGAAGGUUUUGUUGAAGCUGAAAUUAAACUUGGUGCUUUUCCAGGUCAUCAAAAGUUGUGUGAAUUCUGCAUUUCUUCCAUGGUUCGACAAGGUAUACAAAUUCUACAGAUAGAAGAUAAGACAACAAUAAUCAAUGAUACAUCAUAUCAAAUUUAUUAUAGGCCACAGCUUUUUAUUUCCAAACUUCACUCAGGAGAAGAGGACUUGCACUCACCCGACAGUACGGUGUUCAGCGUCGGUCCGGCCGGCUCCGGUGAGGCGCUGAGCGCCGUGCCCUGCUGGGACCUGCUGGCAGAGCCGGGUCCCUCGGCGGCUGGGGCGUCUCUCGGGGACAGGCGCCUGGUGCUGAGCUUCAGCGCCGGGAGCCGCGAGCUGUGGAGCCUCCCGGCCGUGCUCAGCGCCGAGCUGGCGAGGCAGAGCGUGGCGGUGCCCACGGGCGCGUGUACUGAAAGUGGAUUCUGCACCAGAGCUAUAGCACUGACUUAUCAAGAGCAUCUUGGCGUGACGUACCUAACACUUUCAGAAGAUCCUAGUCCUCGUAUAAUUAUCCACAAUAGGUGCUCCAUUCCAUUGCUUGUAAAAGAGAAUUUCAAAGAUACACCAAAGUUUGAAGUUUACUGUAGAAAGAUUCCAGCUGAAUGUUCGGUUCAUCAUGAGCUUUACCAUCAAAUCUCCAGCUAUCCAGAUUGCAAAACAAGAGAUGUAUUGCCCAGUAUUCUCCUGAAAGUGGUGUCAUCUGAUGAAUUAGUAAAUGAAUGGAGUGAUGUUGUGGACAUCAACAACCAAGGCACACAAAUUGUGUUCUUAACUGGGUUUGGCUGUGUUUAUGUGGACAUCACCCAUCACUGUGGAACAUUAGUCAUAACCUUGGCCCCAGAAGGAAAAGCAGGACCCAUUGGUAUCAACCUCAACAGAAGUCAAGAGCAGAUCCUGUCACUGAAAAUGUUCAUCAGUCAGUUAAGUCUUGCUGCAUUUGAUGAUAUUACAAACCACAAAGUGUCAUCUGAGCUCCUGCGUCUCACAGCAGACAAUGUUUUCCUCUACAUGGCCCCGGCCACCAGCUCCCUGUCACAGGAGUUCCAGCAGGACUCUGUGGAAGGCCUCCCACAGUUUCAUAGUCUCCAAGUGUAUUGUGAAGAUUUGCAACUGGACAAUCAGUUGUACAGCAAAUCCAAUUUCCAUUUUGCAGUCCUGCUGUGCCAAGAAGAGAAAAACGAAACCACACAGUGGUCAAGAAUGAACAAUCUCAUUGUUUGUAACAAGGAUUUGGAAAUCUAUAAGGAAAACUGCUUUAUAAAACUCUGUAUUGCUUUUUCUGAGGAAGAGAAUUUCAUGUUUCACGUGAAUGACCUCAGCUUUGAGCUCAAACCAGCUAGGCUGUAUGUGGAAGACACCUUUGUUUACUACAUUAAGACUUUGUUUGAUACAUAUCUUCCAGAAAACAAAACUGCUUGUAAAUCCAUGAGUGCUUCAGAUGCUACCCUGAUAGUGCCUGAACAAGUGAGAGAGCAUGCAAGAGCUUUAGUCAAGCCAGUGAAGCUAAGAAAAUUAAAAAUACAACCUGUUAAUGUCCUUGUCAGUAUUCAUGCUUCAUUGAAACUGUAUAUAGCCUCAGAUCACACCCCUCUCUCCUUCUCUGUGUUCGAGCGAGGACCCAUCUUCACCACGGCCAGGCAGCUUGUCCACGCCUUGGCCAUGCAUUACGCUGCUGGAGCACUUUUCAGAGCAGGCUGGGUUGUUGGAUCAUUGGAAAUUCUUGGAAGCCCAGCUAGUCUGGUGAGAAGCAUAGGGAAUGGCAUAGCUGAUUUCUUUAGGCUCCCCUAUGAAGGGCUGACCAGAGGCCCGGGAGCAUUUGUCAGUGGAGUUUCCAGAGGAACAACAUCAUUUGUAAAGCACAUUUCCAAAGGUACACUGACGUCAAUUACCAAUCUGGCAACAAGUCUUGCUCGGAAUAUGGAUAGGCUGUCACUGGAUGAGGAGCACUACAACAGACAAGAAGAAUGGAGAAGGCAGCUUCCAGAAAGCCUGGGAGAAGGACUGAGACAGGGACUCUCUCGUUUAGGCAUUAGCCUUCUAGGUGCAAUUGCUGGGAUUGUGGAUCAGCCGAUGCAGAAUUUUCAGCGAGUAUCUGAGGCCCAAGCUUCUGCUGGGCAUAAAGCCAGAGGGGUCAUCUCGGGUGUGGGGAAGGGAAUCAUGGGCGUCUUCACAAAGCCCAUUGGAGGGGCAGCUGAGCUCGUCUCCCAGACAGGUUACGGUAUUUUGCAUGGAGCUGGACUUUCUCAGCUUCCCAAGCAGCGCUCUCAUCCAAAUGAUCAACACGUCGAGCAGGCUCCAAACAGCCACGUCAAAUACGUCUGGAAAAUGCUGCAGUCUCUGGGAAGGCCAGAGGUUCAUAUGGCCUUAGAUGUCAUGAUUGUGAGUGGAUCUGGCCAGCAGCACGAUGGCUGCUUGCUGCUCACCUCAGAGGUGCUCUUUGUCGUGAGCAUCAGUGAAGACACACAGCAGCAGGCAUUCCCCGUGACUGAAAUCGAUUGUCUGGAAGAUGAUCAGCAAAAAGAUCUGCUGAAAGUGCAGCUAAAACAACAGAGAGUGCCUUCUGACUUGGAGGCGGAGGGAGCCAGAGAGAGACUGUCAGAACAGCAGUACAACCGCCUCGUGGAGUACAUCACAAAGACAUCUUAUCACCUCGCUCCCAGCACCACCACAGCGCCAGCCCCGCAAACCGUGGCUACUGAACAGCCCCUGACUAUAACAAAAACCUAUCAGUAUGUAGUUGAUCCAAAUUUUGCCCAAGUAUUCAUUAGUAAAUUCACCAUGGUGAAAAAUAAAGCCUUGAGGAAAGGGUUUAAUUAAUAGUUAUUUCUGGUGCAUGUAGUAAUACCAAACCAGUUUGAAACCUACAUCAAGUAGAGAUGCAUAUAAUUUUUGAGGAGGUAGAAAUUGAUAACAAAGCCCAAUAGCUUUUCUAAUCUUGACAACAUUCCUGCUCCCUAGCCAAAAUACUAGUGCUGGAAGGAAAGUGUUCUGGCAAAUGAAUAAAGUGAGAAGGAACAGCCUUGGACUACAGCUUAAUCAAAAUCCUUUUUCUUUUCGAUAACCAAAAAUUAAAUAGGGAAAAAUUACGUGCAUAUGGACACUUUUACCACACACAGAAAUGUGUAUCAAUACCUCUAUAUCAUACUUUAGGGUCUGCCAGUUUCUGUUAUAAACCAGGUUUAUAACUCAGCUGUAAAAACUUGCUUGAGGCUGAGCCUUUCCCUCCACACCCACACUCCCCCAACAUGUGCAUCCUGAGGCAAAACAUUUUCCCCCACUAAAUCUGAAAAACCCAAUGUGGCUGUUUUAAGUUACUAGUGACAGCUGGGUUUUAGCACCACUUUAACCUUAAAAUAGCUUCCUUUAUUUGACUGAAGUUUUGCAGGACAUUAGUCCAUAAUGUAAACUAGUGCCUUUGUGUGGUUUGGAGAACAAAACAUGAACUACAACAUGACUUUAUUUUUAAAACUGUCUGUAUACAGAAACUUUAUUUUAUCCACCGUCGAAUUUUCAGAAGUACUUUCAGUGUAUGUAUGACUGUGCAUUGUCUGUUCAUUAGCUGGAAGCCAAUAACAUGCAGCUCAAGAAUUUAAGAAACAGAGCUGUCUCCUUAAAAUCUCCAAGCUCAGUGUAACCCAUAUGUGCAGGUGCUAAGUACACCUUGUGGGGUCUUGCUUAUUUCUGAUCUGCCACAGCUACAUUGUAUGUGCUCCCUUCAGCCUUAAUUCAUUUUAAGCUUAUCAUCUUCAAACUGAUAAAACCAGGAAUAUUUAGAAACGUGACCUUUCAAAUAUGUACUAAGCAAAGUGAGAUCUUUUUUAAGUUGAUUGAAAACUAUGGACCCAGAGGCACCAAUUGCAUUCAUAGUUAAUAAUGCCAUCACAAUACACUUACAAAUAUAUGUUAAACACCUGUAUUUCUUGUAGUAGACAAGAAAUCUGGGCACAGUUAGAUGACUUUAUAAACCAAAUCUGGCUAUGGCAGUUUCAUUUUAAAACCAAAAGCUUACUUGGUUUGCAUAGUUAACUAUGCAUGUUAACUUUCCUCUCCUUUUCUAUAUGCUUACCAAAAUGAAUUUUGUCUGGAGAUUCCUGAACAUGGCUAGAACUGGAGUCAAAAACUGGAAUAAAAUUUGAUCACCAUUUGGAGCAUAUGCUUUAUAGUUAAUAAUUUCUAUGCAUACUUGAUAUGACCAAAUGCAUAGUAAAUGAGAAUGUAGUAACUACAAUGUUUUUCUCUUGAGAUCUGUUAAAAGGUAUUUCUAAAAGCUGUGUCUCUCAUCUACUGAGAAUAAAGGAGGCUGGGGUCUGCAUUGUCCUUUUCUGACUGUGAAAUAAGCCCAUCCAUUACCAACAUUUCAUUCAAUGAUUUGAUAACUUAGUCAUUGUUUAAAUAACACUGUUUAAAAAUGUCUAUGUAUAUACACGCGUGCUUCAUUCCUGAGUAUUUUAUGGAAGUUGUUUAAUACUUCUAAUUUUGCAUAUUGAUGGAUAAAUUGUAAUAUAAUUAAAUUGUUUAAAGAUAAUAAAGCUAUUCCUGUAAUAUUU